AUGGCCGAUCUGGCCUCGGAAGAGGACAUUCUCCUCGCAAGACGCAUAAUUUCGGCUGCAGCGCGCCACGACGUGGCGGCUCUCGAGAUCCUUCUCAAACAGGGUUCGGCGAACGCGCAGGAUGCCAAAGCGCCCGUGGCGUCGUCGCCGCUGCACGCCGCGAUCGUAGCGUCAGGUAAGGCCGUGGAUGGAAAAGAGGCUGGCGAUGAUGCGGUCCGGACGGUGGAGCUGUUGCUGGAGAACGGCGCGAUCUGGAACGAUUUGAACGGCGAGGAUGAGACGCCUGGGUGCAUUGCGUUGCGGCUCGGACAGAAGAAGAUCUACGACAUGAUGGUUGAUGCCGGUGUGCGUGCCGAACUUCUCUUUUCCAAGAUGGAGACCCUUGGGCUAGACGAAGAUGAGGAUGAGGACAGCGGUGACGACAACGACGAAGAGAAUGACGACCACGAAACAGGCGACAAACAGCCGGCACCCAAGAGACAGAAACUUUCCAACGAAGUCCAAGGGAUGCAGCCGGUAGGCGAAGAGAAAGCCCUCGACGACGUCUCGCUAGACAAUCGAGCAUACUUGAAGAGUCGACUGCGGUACAAGCCCGGAAUACUGCUCGACGAAAGCGACAACGCUGUGAUGAUGGACUGGGAGACACAGAUAAUGCAACGGCACGCCGAAACCCUGAUACCCAAGGCCGGCCUCAAGGUGAUGAACGUGGGCCACGGCAUGGGCAUAGUCGACACGGCGAUCCAGACACACGACCCCGCCGAACACCACAUUGUCGAAGCACAUCCGCAAGUGCUCCAGCGACUGCGCGACCAAGGCUGGUACGACAAACCCAACGUCACCAUCCACGAAGGGAGAUGGCAGGACGUCCUCCCGAAACUGGUCGAGAAGGGCACGGUGCAGCUCGACGCGAUCUACUACGACACCUUCGCUGAAGACUACAAAGCGCUGAGGGAGUUCUUUUCAGAAUACGUCGUCCAGCUCCUCAGCCCCGGAGGACGGUUCGGCUGGUACAACGGACUCGGCGCGGACCGGCAGAUUUGCUACGACGUAUACACAAAGGUCGCGGAGAUCGAUCUCCACCAGGCGGGAUUCGAAACUCGGUGGGAAGACAUCACCGUCCCCGCAGACCUGCAUGGAAGCAAGCAGUGGGAGGGCACGAGGCGGCCGUACUGGACGAUUGACGUAUAUCGGUUGCCAGUAAACACGUUCGCCAAGUGA